UGCUCCUGGGGCGGGGGGAAGCCGGCUCGGAGUUUGUGACUCCGUCCCGUGCACCCCUGGCGCGUGCAGCCUUAUUACGGCUUCUCCAGCCCCGCCGGGCCGGUGCGCACAGAGUCGCCUCCAGUGGGAAGUGCACUUCCGUUAUCUCCUUCUCCCCCACCCCCUCCGCCGCUCCCCCUCCUGAGCUCUCUUUCUGGGUGUUCAAGGCGAGGAUGAACAAACAGAUCCAGCCCGAGCGCAGAGUGUCGGCGGUGGCUCCCGUGCAGGACUGCUCCGGCCAGCCGCCGCCGAAGAAGGAUGUGGAGCUGCUUCUGGUGAAGGAGCAGAAUGGGGUCCAAUACACCAGCAGCAGCCUCCUGCCGGCCGCCUCCAGCCUCCACUACACCGCCGAGGGGCAGCCGGAGCGGGAGACCUGGGGCAAGAAGAUCGAUUUCCUUCUCUCGGUCAUUGGAUUCGCUGUGGACCUGGCCAAUGUCUGGAGAUUUCCCUACCUCUGCUACAAAAAUGGAGGGGGUGCCUUUCUUAUCCCCUACAUCCUCUUCCUAAUCAUUGCUGGAAUGCCCUUGUUCUACAUGGAGUUAGCACUGGGACAGUACAACCGGGAAGGGGCUGCUACGGUGUGGAAAAUCUGUCCAGUUUUCAAAGGUGUAGGCUAUGCUGUGAUACUCAUAGCUCUUUACGUGGGUUUCUACUACAACGUUAUCAUAGCUUGGUCUCUGUAUUAUCUGUUUUCAUCAUUCACAUUUGAGCUUCCCUGGACAAACUGCGGCAACAGCUGGAAUAGCCUAAACUGUACAGAUCCCAAACUCUUCAACGCCUCGGUGCUUGGCAAUGGCACCAAGUACUCCAAGUACAAACUCACUCCUGCUGCUGAAUUUUAUGAACGAGGUGUACUGCAUCUGCAUGAAAGCAGUGGAAUCCAUGACCUUGGCUCACCCCGAUGGCAGCUUUCGCUGUGCCUCUUGGUGGUAGUAAUAAUUCUUUUCUUUAGUCUGUGGAAAGGAGUGAAGACUUCAGGAAAGGUUGUGUGGAUAACAGCCACUUUGCCUUACGUUGUAUUAUUUGUAUUGUUAAUCCAUGGAAUCACAUUGCCUGGUGCAUACAAUGGAAUAAAUGCUUACCUUCACAUAGAUUUCAAAAGGUUAAAAGAAGCUACGGUCUGGAUUGAUGCAGCCACUCAGAUAUUUUACUCUUUAGGAGCUGGAUUUGGCGUUUUAAUUGCAUUUGCUAGUUAUAAUAAGUUUGACAACAACUGUUAUAGGGAUGCUUUGCUGACUAGUACAAUCAACUGUGUCACAAGCUUCAUAUCAGGAUUUGCAAUUUUCUCUAUACUGGGCUACAUGGCUCAUGAGCACAAAGUAAAAAUUGAAGAUGUAGCCACUGAAGGAGCUGGAUUAGUUUUCAUCCUUUAUCCAGAAGCCAUUUCAACCCUUUCGGGAUCAACAUUUUGGGCAGUGGUGUUCUUCAUAAUGCUUCUCACACUGGGCAUUGACAGUUCCAUGGGUGGAAUGGAAGCUGUCAUCACUGGGUUAGCAGAUGAUUUCCAAAUACUGAAGCGGCACAGAAAGCUUUUCACAUUUGGUGUCUCCUUUGGCACUUUCCUGGUGGCUCUUUUUUGUAUCACCAAUGGUGGAAUUUACGUCCUCACACUACUGGACACAUUUGCAGCUGGGACUUCAAUCCUGUUUGCUGUUCUAAUGGAGGCAAUUGGAGUUUCCUGGUUUUAUGGUGUGGACAGAUUCAGUGAAGACAUCCAGCAAAUGAUGGGCUUCAAACCGGGCCUCUACUGGCGACUGUGUUGGAAAUUUGUUAGCCCUGCUUUUUUAUUGUUUGUGGUGAUAGUCAGUAUUAUAAACUUCAAACCUCUGACAUAUGAUGACUACACCUUCCCGCUCUGGGCAAAUCGCAUUGGCUGGGGAAUAGCAUUAUCUUCAAUGAUCCUGGUGCCUGCCUACAUUAUCUAUAAAUUUCUGAACGUGCGUGGGACCUUUAAAGAAAGACUAGCUUACUGCAUCACACCUGAGAACGAACACCAUCUUGUGGCACAAGGGAACGUGAGGCAGUUUAAGCUUCAACACUGGCUAUCAAUAUGACAACUGACAGGUUGAGGAAAAAGCCAAUACAUUAAACUAAACUGGGAAUAAACGAAAAGUCAAGUUCAAAGCUCUCUUGAUUGUGUUUGGACCAGGCUGGCUCAGAGCUCAUCUACUGAUUCCUUUGAGGGAAGACAGCUUCUGCUCUCUGUUUUCUCUAUUACUUGGUUUCAAAUGAACUUACAGACUGGUUUUCCAUUUCCUUAUAUCUUUCAGUGCUAUGAGAUCCAUACUUGACCAAAUUUGUGAGCUUUGAUAGAGAUAGAAGUGGAGGAGGGAGCAGAAAAUCAGCAUUAAUUAAAGAAACUCUUGUCUUGGAGAAAUAAAUAAAGAACAUAAUUCCUUUUAAAAUCCCUGCCACAACAUUGUUUAGAGACCAACUAUAUACUCAGAGAUGGAUGCAUCUCAAUUAUGAGACAAGAGUGACUUUAAGUGCACAUUCAUGUCAUUUGCUUUCUUUCAGGACUAUCCUUUGGGAUAUAAUUUUGCAUCCUUCUGAAGUGGAGACUCGGUGCUUCACUUUCAGUGGUUUGUUAUUAGUCUCUUCUUUUGGUGAAGAAGGUUGUCUUUGCUGUAUAUGUCUGUGCCAUUUUCUGUGCAGUUGAACUAUACACACCGAAAGUAACAGGGAUGGAAUUAAAUUCCUAUUGUUGUGGCUAUUGAGUACAGAAAGUAGUUUUAACAAUACACUGUACUUAACAAUGCAAACAUAUUCCUUUAUGUCAGCUAUUAAAAUGGCUUUAUUUAUCAUGAUUCAUAUUCUUCAGACUUUGAGUUAAGCACCAAAAAUAUUUACAAGUAGUCAGAUUUUCCUUCUACAUUCUGUUAUAUUGUGUGACAAAGAAUGUACAGUAUAUAUAAAUAUAUAGGAUCAGAGGCAAUGAUUUUUAGAAUAAGCCACUCUAUCCAGUGGCAUCAAAAUAUCAAAUGUUGGCUUUGUGCGAGUGCACUAUUAUUAUAAAUGUCCUCUAGGUUCAACUGCCAGAACAUUUUAAGAGUUGUGUAGAACAUCUUGGAUGGAGGGGUCUUCUAGGCAUAACUCAAUUAUCUAGGCCUGCUCCCUCUCUUGUGUAUUUCAGGCAGCUUUAUGACAGCUAGAAAAUACAGAGCAAUCAUAGUGAGAUUGGAUGCUGUUCUGUAUAGUCUGUUUUAAAGUCAUAUCUUCCCAGUGAUCACUAGGGGUUACAGUAACUGGGAAUUACUUAUUACAAGAACUAUUCCAAAUUUUAGAGACAGCAGGUUCUCAGUUGAAUCUAGUCUAGAGUUAGAGCCUUAAUGCUGAAUUUCUUUGCCUUUAUAUGUUCAAUUCAGUUUCUUAAUGGUUUUUUAAAUAUAUGUAGUGUUUCCUUUUUUAAUGGUUAUUUAUAUUAUUUUUAAUUCUUCAUUUUUUAUAAUACCAUCCUGGAAGUCUGAAAAUAAAAUUUUUCCCUAUUGAUUUUGUCCUUUUCCAUUUAACAACCAUUGACUUCCUUCCAACCCACAAUGUUUCUAAUAGAAUUGAAAUAUAUCUGCUUCUCUUUUUUACUUUAUCCUUUGUGCCCCAGCAUGAUUGAAAAGCCAGAAAUAUUUAACAGUUCUUAAAAAUAGCUUAUUUUCUAUUUUCAGUGUCUAAGUGACAAACUAUUGUCAUUGUCUUCUUUUCUUCUUCUUCUUCAAAACACAGAGUUUUAAACCCAAAGGGCAUUGUCAGCUUUUUACCCAAGCUAAUGGACAGUAACCUGGUAGGACAGCUAUGGUAAUUUAUAUACAAAAAUCAAGAAGUUUAAAAUGUUAAAAUUAAAGUACUGUAAUUACCUAAGAGUCCAAACAACAUCUUCUAUAAAGAGGAAAAUAAGUUUAGGAUUCUUUUUUAAAUGGUCAUUAUAUCGUUACUCUAAUCAACAUUGCUUCUUAAAAUUAUGCUGGGGUCCUUAUUUUGUAGAUAUAAAUCUUACUUUGAGAAUGGCAUAGCUUGCACAGUCACUGUUCUGAGGUGACCGAAAAGCUUCUCAGACCGGUUAUGGUGAUCAAAUUGAAAUAUACCAGAGGACUGCUAAAUGUGCAAAUCAUCAUGUCUCAUCAAGUCAUAUUCCUUUAGAUCUGCACAUAAAUGGUAAACUUACAGGCUAACAACCUACAGCAACAUUUAGUUGUGAAAAUCUGCCAAUAUACAGUGAAAUGGCCGCAGAUGUAAUGCUGUCACGUCCUAAAGCCUGUGUGGGUUUUCCUUCUUCUAUCUAAGGGCUUGUCUGCACUGGCACUUUACUGCGCUGCAACUUUCUCGCUCA